AUGGACCGUCUGAAGUUAGUUCUGCAGUAUUUUCAGUCCAACUCCGAGUCCAUAUCAAAUGGAAUCUGUAUUGUACUGGCCCUGAUCAGUGUGAAGCUCUACACCAGCUUUGACUUCAACUGCCCCUGUAUUCCACAAUACAACAAACUCUACGCACUGGGGGUGAUGUUUGUCCCACCUUUAAUAUUCUUCUUCCUGGGAAUCUUGGUCAAUCGACACACAGGAGUCAUGAUGGAAGAAUGGUUGAGACCCAUUGGGAAGAGAAGCAAAAAUCCUGCCAUUGUCAAGUGAGUUGUCAAGUGCUGCUGUCAAACCACCUUCUCAUGUUCCUGUGUUUACUACCACUACCAUCACAGCUUUUAGACCAAAAAACAACUAUUACUUCCUGUAAUUAUUGUGAUGUUAUUCCUAACCCUUUGCAGGUACAUGUUCUCUGCCAUGAUGCAGAGGGCUCUACUGGCGCCCAUGGUGUGGAUUCUGGUCACUCUGCUGGAUGGGAAGAUUUUCAUCUGCGCUUUCAGCAUGAGUGUAGACCCCAAGCCUUUCUCAGGUAGCUAUAGCCCGAAACACCUGUCAAUCAUAACCUUAACUCAUAGCACUGUAACUGUAACUCUGACUUUCACCCAAACUCUCACCCAGAAUAAAAAUGGUCUAGUCUUGUCCACUAUAACACUCUAACUUGGACUCAAACACCAACUUUAGUUGUACUCUAUACUUUCACAGGCAUGCCCAACAACACUGGCCUGGACCUGAUCAAGCUCAUGGCCAAGGUGCCCUGCAAGGAGGACAUGAUCUUUAGGAACAGCACAUUUCGUAAAGCUGUUUCACGCUACGUGCGCUGCUACUCCCAAGUGAGUGUACUCCCAUUUUUAAAUACCUCUGAAACUCAUGUCUUUACUUUGCGUAUUUUAAUUGAUGGGUUUAGUAUUCAAAUGGGCAAAAAUGUUGUUUCUCUACUUAGGUAGGUUGGCUUUUGUUCGAAAUUUGUACAGUCAAAUCCUAUUCUUAAACCGGGGUGUGUCAGAAACAAUCACCCUGAUGACUGAUGUCCUCCACCAUCCAUUCGAGAAUGCCAAUGCUUUGUACUGUAUUUCCUGACAGGCGAUUGGCUGGUCUAUCCUCCUCUUCUUCAUUCUCUUGGGUGCACUGGGCCGUCUCAUCAAGCCCUGUUUCGACGACCAUGCCACCAACCUCCAGACACGCUACUGGAGCAACUACCUUGACAUCGAGCAGAAGCUCUUUGAUGAGACAUGCGUGCUGCACUGCCGCGAUUUUGCCCGCAAGUGCGUGGUGCAGUUCUUCGAGGGCAUGCGGGAUGACACAGUACUCAGACUGCCUCUCUCACCCGAAGUCAGGUACAGGGGGGAAGAAGACAUGGUGGAUGAAGAGGAGGAAAGACUCCAUGGGAUCACCAAGCAGGAACAGAUGGAUCAACUGCUUCAAACAUGGUUCCAGUGUAGGCCUGAGCUGGAUGUCACUAGAAUGGCCUACAGACCUAGGGUGUGUGUCACCUGGGAGGACCACAAUGGACAAACCCUCUACUCGGAUGUUUAG